GGACACUUCUUUGCAAAAAAACUGUUGUCGUUUUUUUGGGUUUUCGAAAUUAUAUUUCACCAUUUUUAAUUUUAAUUUUAAAAUUGAAAUCAGCUUUUGAGCUUUUGAGCCUUUUCGGUUUCUCUGCCGCACCUAAAUAAACGACAGACAAUUCUUUUGGGUCACCACCAAACCAAAACUUACGGUGCUUUGAAUUUUCUCAGGGAAAGGUCGAACGAAAACGAAGCCUGUAGAGAAAUAUAAAGGGUUUCGAGAAGUUUUAAAAUCACUCCUUUUGAUUUCAAACCGCAAUUUGUCUUUCUCUCUCACGUUUAUUUUGGCGUUCUCUGGGUUUGUUUGUCUCUGAACGAGAAGGCGAUCACGGGGUUUUUACACCUCCUUCGUUGAUUUCUCUGCGUACGCGUGUUUUGGAAAUUUUUUUGGAGAAGCGAUUUUCUCGUGCUUCACUGGUUUUCGGGAUCUCCUUUUGAUUUUGAUCAAUCCAGGAGGCCUAAAGUUUUGGAGUUGUGAGUGCUGGCCAUUUUUUGCUGUGAAACUACGAUCAGAAGUUUUGGGUAUGGGAAUCUUUUCACGCAGUUCGAUAAGUAGGAAAUCAAAAGAUGGGAUGAAGGUCAUUGCAGCAGCAUUUUUUGGAGUAUCUUUCGGCUUUCUGAUUGGAAUAUCUUUUCCAUCAUUGUCAAUCACUAAGGUGAGUCUCCCAACAAAGUUUCUUGCUUCAUCGGAUCUCUCGUAUAUAGAGGAAAAGGGUUCAGCAAUUGCAACUCCAGACAGUCAUAAAGCUUGGUCUUCAUCAAAGGGUAACGAUAGCAGCUCAUCUGGUCCAAUCGACAAAUCAAAGGCAUGCUUCCACUUCUUUGUUUAUGACUUGGGAAUUUUACUGCAGAUAUGGGUUCCUUCGAAUCCUCGUGGUGCUGAAAGAUUGCCACCGGGUAUGAUUGCUGCUGAAUCAGACUUCUAUUUGCGCAGAUUAUGGGGGUUACCGCAUGAGGAUUUGACCAGCCAACCAAAUUACCUCGUGACAUUUACGGUCGGUAUUAAUCAGAAAGCAAAUAUCGAUGCUUGUGUCAAGAAGUUUUCAGGGAACUUCACUAUUCUCCUGUUUCAUUAUGACGGCCGGGUAACUGAGUGGGAUGAGUUUGAAUGGUCCAAAACUGCUAUACACAUUAGUGUGCGGAAGCAGACAAAAUGGUGGUAUGCAAAGAGGUUUUUGCACCCUGAUAUCGUAGCACGAUAUGAUUAUAUAUUCAUCUGGGAUGAAGAUCUUGGAGUAGAGCAUUUUAAUGCAGAAGAGUACAUAAAGCUGGUGAAGAAGCAUGGCCUGGAGAUUUCUCAACCUGGCUUGGAACCAAACAAGGGGUUGACAUGGCAGAUGACAAAGAGAAGAGGAGAUCUUGAAGUACACAAGAUAACGGAAGAAAAACCAGGAUGGUGCUCAGAUCCUCAUCUCCCUCCAUGUGCGGCAUUCGUCGAGAUCAUGGCUCCUGUAUUUUCAAGAGACGCCUGGCGAUGCGUGUGGCAUAUGAUCCAGAAUGAUUUGGUUCACGGUUGGGGACUUGAUUUUGCACUAAGAAGAUGUGUUGAGCCUGCACACGAGAAGAUAGGAGUAGUUGAUUCUCAAUGGGUUGUUCAUCAAACUGUCCCUUCCCUUGGCAGCCAAGGUGAGGCAACAGACGGAAAAGCGCCAUGGCAAGGGGUGAGGGACAGAUGCAAAAAGGAAUGGACCAUGUUCCAGAGUAGAAUGGCUAACGCAGAGAAUGAUUAUUUCAAAUCAUUACAAGUUGAAAGAUCCUCUAAUUCAACAGCAACCACCAUUUAAUAGGAAGAGUUUUCUCAAGUUAGCCAAGACCGAGACACUGACUGAUUCAGUUUGUCUUGCAUUUACAUAUAGAGUCCUGUAUAUGUUAAUGUAGUCUUCUUUAACCCCCAACAAAAUCUUCCAUCGAAUAAAAAAAAAAAAAGAUGAAUGUUACAAUAUUGUAUCCGUUAACUCACUUCUGCAUCCAGUGGCUUGUGAUGUAUAAAAAUGUUUAAAGAUUUUGUUGCUUUAAUUGAUCUUACAAGUAAAUAAGUCUCAUAUACAUCUGGGAUUCACAUAGAUAAUCUAACCCGUAAGUAAAUCCCAUUUCAUGAAACACAAAAACUUAGGUAUGGAUUUGGCAUCCAUAAUUCCAUACACACGUUUUAUUUAUAUAUUUAUUUAAUAAACAAACAAAUUACAUUUACUUUCGAUAGUUUUUACUUAAUCAACAUAUACAUACUUUAAAAACUCUGCAUCAGUCAACAAUUUUUCCAAAACGUGAGAUGAUAAAGACGCCUGAAUCUCGACGCUUCCUUCUUCAGUUCCCUGGUAAGCAAUGAGUCUACCAUCUCUGAUAUUUCCCGGUCCAGCUCGAACCGUUAUCGGUUUACCCCAACCGAAAUCAUUUCCAUACACAUUAAACCAAGGAGAGCUACUAACAACUAUAGAAUUUCUACGCUUACCAAAACGAUUUCCGUACAGUUUCGGUUUCCUUACCCAAUUCUCAGCGAACGCUCUGAAUUUUUCAUCCGUUUGUGACCCCACACUUUUGUUUAUUUGCAAAGCAGCCCAACCCAGCCCAUUGUUAAGCAUUUCUCCGGCGGUUGUCGCCGCCGUUGCGAAUCCGGCCACGUUUCCAAAACACUCUUUCUCGAGCGGCGGGUUCAACCUUUGCCUGAAAUCCAUCAGUAACUCGCUACAGACCGCUUCUUCCGGAUUCAGAUCACUGUUUCUGAUUAUCGAUCGCCACAUAUGCGCCACUAUCGCUUGAAACGACGAGAUUUUCCGAUCAUCUGAAUCAACCUCGCCGUUGGCUUUCGCUUUAAGCUCGGAGAUGUUUCUCCUCGUGAAUCGAAAAACCUUGUCUUGUAAAUUCGAUAAAGACGAAGAAACAGCCGUAAUCGGUGAGAACACAGUCUCUGAGACCGGAAUUCGAAUCGGGUAAUCAAUCCCGCCGAGAAACCACCCACGGAGAGGUAAAGGAGGGAAAUUUUCCCGGUCAGAUCCGGUAGAGCAAAUCGCCGACCAAGUGUUGAAGAAACUCCAGAACGAAGAUCCGUCUGCAACUAUAUGGUUACAACCAUACCCGAUGAAAACUCCAUCUUUUAACUCCGUUACUUGAAACUCGAUCAGUGACUCCGAGAUCCCUACAAAGCUUUUAAAUCCGUUCGCCGGGAAAAACCGACUCAAGAAACCGGGGACAAUGCCACUGGCCGGUUCCAAAAUAUCACUCACCGAGACAUCCAUGGCCGAAGCAUGGACGAACUUGACACCUGAACCAUUGCAAUCGAUGAAAUACGACGCCGUCUCGUCUCCGUUCUCGACCUUCGCUAGACGACCAGCGAACGGGUAAAAAAUCUUCAAAGCGACGGAAAGAGAGGAUUUGAGUGGAGAGAUCAUAUGGGUUUCCGGGUCGGGUUGAGGAUAGAGAAGACCUCUUUGUGUGUAGUCGGAUGAGAGAAGCAAGAGAUCCCAUGGAGUGAGAUGGAUCUUAACCCGAUCCGAUCCAUCUUCUUGGUAGCUCUCGGGUCGAACAAUGGUCUCAGAGAUCACUACAACAUCAGCCAUUUCUUCCUUGUCGU